AAGUUUUUCUAAAACAAAAACGACGAAAACGAAAAUAAAGAAAUACAGCCAAACUGCCUUCCUACCUCCCGACUCUCGAGUCGCGAGACUCCUCAUUCUUCCCCAAAUCUUCCUCAGCUCCUCUCCCGGGCGGAUCUCGCUGGCCUCCAAGAUGGCGGUGGCGUCCGCCUCCCAUCCUUCCGCGCCGCCGCCCUCCGAUCUGUCUGCCGACGGCCCAUCCUCUCCGUCGUCGAUCGACUUCGGGUCCCCGGAGGCCCUGUCUCAGAUCCGGUGCUUGACGGACGUGGGGGCGAUGACGCGGCUCCUCCACGCGUGCGUGGCCUACCAGCGCGGCCUCGACCUCCGGCUCGACUCGCUGCUGUCGUCCCGCCCCGACCUGGACCGCCACCUCGCCUCCCUCCUCCGCUCCUCCCCGCCCCUCCUCUCCCUCGCCCGCUCCGACUCCUCCCUCCUCCUCUCCUCCGCCUCCUCCCUCUCCCUCCUCGCCCUCUCCCUCUCCUCCCGCGUCCGCCUCCUCGACCUCGCCCGCUCCCGCUCCCUCUCCUCGCUCCGCCUCGUCCUCUCCUCCCUCCACCGCUUCCGCUCCCUCGACUCCCUCCGCCGCCACCUCCUCCCCUCCUCCCCCUCCGACGACGACCUCCUCGCCGCCGCCCAAUCCGUCCACUCCUUCCUCUCAGCCGGCGCCGACGACGACGCAGACGCCCCCUCCCACAAUCCAGAUCCCGCUUCCCCCGACCCCGAUGCCGACCUCCGCCGCGAAUUCCUGGAGCUCCGGCGCCGCCUCGAGUCCCUCGCCCGCCGCCGCCUCGCCGACGCCGUCGACCGCCGCGACCACCCCUCCGUCCUCCGCCUCCUCCGCCUCUUCCCCCUCCUCUCCCUCCCUGACGAGGCCCUCCGGACCUUCGUCUCCUACCUCCGCAAGAUCGUCGCCCUCCGCUCCCGCCUCGAAUUCGACCACCUCGCCGAGCUCGCCGACAAUGCCGAUCCCGCCGCCGCAGCAGCCAAUCGGCCCGACUUCGUCGGCUGCCUCACCAGCCUUUUCAAAGACAUCGUCCUGGCGGUCCAGGAGAAUGACGAGAUCCUCCGUGAGCUCUGCGGUGAGGACGGUGUCGUCUACACCAUCUGUGAGCUCCAGGAGGAGUGCGACACCCGCGGCACCCAGAUCCUCAAAAGGUACACGGAAUACCGCCGCCUCCCGCGCCUCGCUGCCGAGAUCAAUUCCUACAGCAAGAGCCGCAUCCUCUCCUCAGGCGUCGUAGGCGUCGUCGGCGCCAUUGAGGGCCCCGAUCCGCGGGAGAUUGAAAUCUACCUGGAGGAGAUCCUCUCCCUCACCCAGCUUGGCGAGGACUACACGGAAUUCAUGGUUUCUAAGAUCCGCGGGCUAGCAUCGGUGGAUCCCGAGCUCGGCCCGCGCACCACAAAGGCGUUCCGGAGCGGCAGCUUCUACCGGGUUGUGCAGGACCUGACAGGCUUCUACGUGAUCCUCGAGGAGUUCUUCAUGGUGGAGAAUGUGAGGAAGGCGAUAAAGAUUGAUGAGCGCGAGGCAGACAGUCUCACGACCUCAAUGGUGGAUGACGUGUUCUUCGUGCUGCAGAGCUGCUGCAAGAGGGCAAUCUCGACGUCGAGCAUCAACUCGGUGCUCGCGGUGCUGAGCGGGGCAAUGAACUUGUUGAGCAACGAGUAUCAGGAAGCACUGCAAGAGAAGAUGAGGGAGCCCAAUUUGGGGGCGAAGCUGUUCUUGGGCGGUGUUGGGGUGCAGAAGACUGGGAUGGAGAUCGCCACUGCUUUGAAUAAUAUUGAUGUGAGUGCAGAGUAUGUUCUGAAGCUGCGGCAUGAGAUUGAGGAGCAAUGCACAGAGGCAUUUCCUGCACUGGCCGACAGGGAGAAGGUGAAGUCCUGCCUAUCCGAGCUCGCUGAAAUCAGCAACACCUUUAAGAAGAUCCUGAAUGCCGGAAUGGAGCAGCUUGUUGCGACGGUGACCCCCCGCAUUCGUCCCAUCCUGGACACUGUCGCUACGAUCAGCUACGAGCUCAAUGAUGGUGAGUACGGGGAGAACGAGGUCAAUGACCCGUGGGUUCAGAAGCUCCUACUCGCAGUUGAGUCCAACAUGGCAUGGCUACAGCCCACCAUGACCUCAAACAUUUAUGACUCCUUCGUGCAUCUUGUCAUCGACUUCAUUGUGAAGCGGCUGGAGGUCAUCAUGAUGCAGAAGCGGUUCAGCCAGCUUGGCGGGCUCCAACUUGACAAGGAAGUCAGGGCUCUGAUCAACCACUUCUCCGAAAUGUCUCAGCGUCCGGUUAGGGACAAGUUCUCACGCCUCUCACAGAUAUCGACGAUUCUCAACUUUGAGAGGGUGUCAGAGAUUUUGGAUUUUUGGGGGGAGAAUGCGGGGCAUUUGACAUGGCUUCUCACUCCGGCUGAAGUGAGAAGGGUUUUGGGCCUUAGGAUCGAUUUUAGACCUGAAGCAAUUGCUGCUCUUAGACUCUGAGCUAAUAGUUGCUUUUCUCUUUGCAUAUCACUAUGAUAUUCUUUCCAGAUUUGGCUUUAUUUUUUGGUUGUAAACUUAUCGUUUUGUGAGUGAUGCAUUACAUUCAGCUUUAUGUAUACAUAAUAAGCAGGAUGAAUAGAAAAAAAAGGGGACAACAUGCUGAGGGCGAAACUGUUUUCAACUCAUCAUGGAUUUCAUCAUUUAUAGUGAGACAAUUGGCUUGAAUUUAGCCUUCGCGGCUUUAUUCAUUAGUGGGCCCUAGAGGUGGACCUAAUUUUGUAAAAAUCUAAAAUCUUUAGCUAUUAUAUGACUGUUUUAUUUUUCUUUC